AUGUUCUUUUUACAUUGUUUUUUUUUUUUUUCUGUGAGCCUUUUCACCGUUGUCAUAAUAUCUCUCUCUCUCUCUUUUACUCCCUUUCUCCCGCCAUCUCUCUUACCACUCUCUCUCUUUCUCUCAUCCUCUCUCUCUUUCUCUCUCCCUCUGUCCCUCUUUCUCUCUCCCUCUGCCUCCCCCUCUCUCUCUUCCUCUCUAUUUCUCUCCCUUUUUCUCUCACCCUCUCCCUCUUGCGAUCUUCCUCUCUGUAUCCCCCUCUAUCUUAUUCUUUCUCUCUCUCCUUCUUUCUCUAUCUCCCCCCUCUCUUUUUCUCUCUUCUUCUUUCUCUCCCCAUUCCCUCUCUCUUCUCUAUCUUUCUCUCUCUCCCUCUUUCUCUGUCUCCCCCUUUCUCUUUUUCUCUCUCUUUUCACUCUCCCUCUUUCUCUCCCCAUUCCUCUCUCUUCUCUAUCUUUCUCUCUCUCCCUCUCUCUUGUGCUCUCCCUCUUUGACUCCCCCCUGUCUCUUUCUUUCUCUCUCUCUGUUUCCCUCUUUCUCUAUCGCUUCCUCUCUCUCUUUCUCCCUCUUUCUCUCUCUUUCUUUCUCUCUCCAUUCCCUUUCUGUAUUCUCUCUCUUUCUCUCCGCCUCUCUUCCCACUCUCUUUCCCCUCCCCCUCUCUCUCCCUCUCUCUCCCCCUCUCUCUUUCUUUCUCUCUCUCUAUUACCCUCUUUCACUCCCUCUCUUUCUCUCUCUCUCUAUUCGUCUUCAUAA